UAGCUGAGGAAGGAGAAACUGUUCCUUGUAAAUUAAUACAAUAUAUUGACACAAGAUGGAAUACAUUAUAUCAUAUGAUCAAUAGUAUCAUUGAUAAUCAUAAUGGUAUUAAAUUGAUUCAACUAAAUGACGAGUACUCAGAACUUCCAAUUUUAACAAAAGAAGAAAUACAAUUAACCAAGCAAAUAAAUAUGAUAUUAGAACCUUUUGAGCAAGCAACUAAAGAUAUUUCUGGUGAAGAUUAUGUUUCUAUUUCACUCGUAAUUCCUUGUAUAAAAGGCAUAAUAUUAAAACUGGAAGCUAUUCAUAAAACAUUAAGUUAUCCAGCAGCACUUUCAUUUUAUGAAAAAAUUCGACAAUUUAUUGACGAAAAAUUAAUACAUUAUGAACAAAGAACGAUUGGCAAAGUAGCUACGUUGAUUGACCCAAGAUUUAAAAAAAUAGGAUUUCGUUCACAAGCAAAUUACGAAGAAGCAGUUAACAUGUUACAAAAUCUUCUUGCUGCUCAAUUUAAAAGUUCGGAUCAAAUUGAAAAAAAUGUUAACCUAACUCACUUUAUUAAUAACAAGACAAACAAUUGUAGUGUUGCCAAGCCUACUGGAAUCUUCAGUUUUAUGGAACAUUCGUCGCAAUCUUCUGUAGCUAAUAUUGAUAAUAUUGUUUUAACAAGAAAUUAUCUAACAUGUGCAAAUAUUAAUUUGUCCGAAGAUCCUCUACAUUAUUUAAAAAAUAGGCAUCCAGAAAUUUUUCAAAUAGCCUUAAAAUAUUUAUGUACUCCAGGCAGUUCUGUACCUGUAGAACGGUUAUUCUCUACUACUGAAUAUAUUAUUUCUGAAAGAAGAAACCGAUUAUCUUCGAAAAAU